AUGAAGCUUCUAAGUACAAAAAAUCUUAUAAUAAAAUUAACGGACACAAAAUUACAGAUAAUAGAUUUACCUACUCUAAAAGAAAAACACGCAAUAAGAAAGCCUACACCACAAUCUAUAGCUCUUUUUACACCCACGAUACUAUUGUAUGGACAAUACGAUGGAACUUUAGUACAUUUUUGCCUAAAAACGUACACACCAACUAAAUUGCACACUUCAUCUACCAAAAACAAUGCAUUGUGUGCGCUCGCCACGCUUGACGAUUUUAUUUAUGCAGGAUAUAGUGAUGGAACACUUAUUAAAUUUAAAUAUAAAUCAUCCAAACUUUCAGUAUUUAAAACGUAUUCUCAUAAUCUUCCCAUUCUAGAUAUUAUUAGUAACGGUGAACAAAUAUUAGUGAGUGAUUUAAGUGGUAAAGUAACAAGCUACCCCUCACUAGUUGUGUAUGAUCUUGUAGAACCAUUAUUUGUGUUUAAAUUUUAUAUUUUUAUUGCCGAAAAAAGCAUUCUUUACUGUCUGACGCGUAAUUCAUUAAGUUCGUAUCUACAACUAGACAGCUACAUAAAAAAAUACACAUUUUCUCGAAACGGCGGCGUACUGUUUGUUAUGUCAUAUGAUAGAAUAAUCGUGUACGAUUUUAAUAAUAAACAGGUAAUUAAAGAAAUACAAAAAAGUUUUAUAGAUUUUAUAUAUGACGAAGAUCGUAAUAGACUUAUAGGAUUUUAUGAUAAAAGUAAAGAAAUAGUAAAUAAUGUAUUAGAUGAUGUAUACGAUGAGAUGAUUAAUAUAGUAUUUGAAGAAAACAAAAUACAAGAAAAAAUUGUUAAAAUUAACGAGGAUGAAGAAUAUAAUUAUAAUGGUGAUGAAUAUUAUACAGAUGAAGAUGAUUACUAUGAAGAUGAAUAUAUUUCUGAUGAAAGUGACGAAAUAAAACGACUAAAAGGGUCUGAAACAAAACGACUAAAAGGGUCUGAAAAAAAGCGAUCAAAUGUGUCCACUAACCUUAAAAAUUUAUUUGAUGAUAAAAAUUUAGAGAAAAGAAUAAAGAUUCGUAAGAAGAAGGUAAUAGACAGUAGUAGCUCAGAAGAAGAAAUAUCUAUUGUACAUAACAGUGUAUUUCCUAUUAAUGAUUCACAAGAUUGUAGUCUACUGUUUUAUAAUGAUAUCGGAUAUUUAGUGUCUAUAAAAGGUCCAGAAUUUAAUAAAGUCGAGUUAAUCUUUCAUGACAAAUCUAAACAGAAUAUAGAACUUAGCGAUUAUAAUGACUGUACUAUUGGAACAUUUUAUAAUAAAAAUAUCUUAUUAUGUAAUACUAGUACUGCCUUUUUUUACGGAAAAAAUAAGUGGACAAAAGAUCUAAGUAACAAUGACGCAGUUGUGGCGUGUACAGAUAACUACGUUUUAAUAAGCAAUGGAUUAACAAUAGUAUAUGACUGUGAUGGUAAAGAAAUAUUUAACUUUUAUAUAACCAAUAUAAGUUAUAUAUUAACCAGUUCUAAAUAUAUUUUUGUAUUUGCAGAUAAAUUAACAGUAAUUGAAUUGUUUACAUCUACAGAAGAAUAUACUCUGCCUUGUAAGGUGACGUGGGCCACUUGCUAUAACGAUAAAUUAUACUAUAAAAUUAAUAAUGAUAUUUAUACUUUAUAUAAUAAAUUAACAUAUCUAUUGUUUAAAGAUAUAAAGUAUCCACUAACUGUAAUAGGAAACAGGUUAGUUUAUUUAAACACGAAUAGUAAAAUACUACCGUCUCCAAAUGUGGAGUUUAAAGAUAUAAACUUUCCUCUAGAUGUUUAUAAGGAAAAUAUACAAAAUAAUACUAAAUCAAGUGUAAAUAUUAAGAAAUUUGAAGUUGAUAGUUUUUCAAGUGAAGGUGAAUGGUAG